AUAACCGGUAACUCUCUACUUUCACUACCCAUCCCUCAACCCGCUAUAGCCAGUAACAAAUGAAUCACCCAUCAUCCAUAUAAAAAAAAAAAAGACUCAGUUACUCGAAGCAAGUUCCCAGUUUCAACCUCAUCGACAUCCACCCUCUACGCAGAUCGUGUCGCCUUCAUCUUCAAGUGCUCUGUUUAUUGGUGAGCAUGGAGUUGGGGUGAAAGGAAGAGGCGAUGAUUUCAAUUAUGGGGUUUCCUAAUUGAUUAUGAGUAGAAUAAAAAUUUUGAGACAAAAGAUGGCAGGAACUGAAGACGAAGGGGAAAAGGCUUCUCGGGGGAAUGAGUGGGAGGUUGUAUCUCUCACGGCAUCAACUUAUGCAGCUGCUCCUGGUCCUGAUGAAGUUGAGUUGAAGGAUGAUGACAAGGAAGAUACAUAUGCACCGGAUGAAGCUGAGACGUCAAACGCUUUGUUCAUGUCUGGUCACUUUGCCUUUCCACCCAGUCAGCAUGAAAACUUGCCAUUGGAACCUGACUACGGUGAGAUUCAUAAUGAAUCUGUAGACAAAGAUAUUGCCUCUGAAGAUACUCAUGAAGAAGCGACCAGGCCUAGUGGAAAGGAUGAAGAAAACUUGACAUUUGCAGGAUUGGAUGUCUCAGAGGAGUUUGAGGGUAUGCAAUAUUAUGAUGAGAAAAUCAAUAGAUUAUCUGUUCAGGGAAAACAGUUUGAGGAAGGUACAACUCUACCAGAUUUUGGUUUGACUGAGAAAGAGGAUGCAAAAUACACUUCUUUCCACAGUGAAACAACAAUUGAUGCUGUAACAGCAUAUGGUGAAAGUAUAGUUGAGUCUGAAACAAUAGAAUCAGCAGAGCAAGAGACAAAUGUAUCUCCUGAUUUAUCGCUGUCAAAGAACUCUUCCAAAGAUGACAAACACAAACCUUCAAAUAUUCCUUGCGGAGCUUGGUGGAAGCGAAGAGCUGCUUCCAUAUAUGCUCAUGCAAAGGAGGCAAAUACAUUAUGGUCCGUUUUCAUUGCAGCUACAGUGAUGGGCCUGGUAAUGCUUGGUCAACGCUGGCAACAGGAAAAAGCUUUACAACUUAAGUGGCAAAUCAGUAUAACUGAUGAGAAGCAUAAAUCUCUCAACAAAUCAUAGGCAAGGAGCAGGGUGCUUGCUCCCAUGAUUCGACUCAAAGAUGUGAUUAUUGGUGGCCACCGCCGUGGCUCCUUCAUCAGGGAAAGCUCCUCUGCUGAAAUUUAAGGUAAAGGUGACUCAGUGAAUGUGGCGGUAUAUGUGGCUCCUAUCAUGGUGGUAAAAAGGCUAAAAGCUAAGAUGAUGACGAAAAGUUGUAUGUCAGAGGUUGAGAAUGAGAAAUGCUACGCAUGUGAAGUGCAGGUUUGAUACUAGGAUUGCUUGACCUUUACCAAGUUAUGAAUGCUAUUGUUCAAACAUUUUAUAUUGUGAAUUUUCCUUGCUUGCAUUGUAUAGCUCUUGAUGUUAUUGUACUUAUUAAAUUAUGUAUUCUUGUUUUCUGGAAUUGACAGUUUAGACACCAAAGAUCAGAUGUAAAUUUAACUAAUGAAGUGAUUGCUUUAAUGGUGGGUGUUUAGUUUUCCUCUUA